AUGUACGGAGAAGAUAGUGCAAUUUUCCAAGCUCUCAGCACAUGUUUAUCGGAAAAGGGGAGCGGAGACUUGCUGCAGGAGGACGACGGCACGAAUCGAAUCGACCCUAUUUUAGAGAAGCUGGAAGAAUCAAAGAAGGAAAUAUGUGCUAAAAUUCCAAAGCCACCCACUGUUAAUUUUAAGAAUCUGGACACAUUUGGUGACAAUGCAAGGCUGCAAGGUUGGGCGGUAGUUCUGCGAGAUCGUUCGAGUUUCAGCACGUUCAAGAAAGUGCAAGAUAGCGGGAUUCAAGAACCGGAUUCUCGAGUGCAGGUAGACGAUAUAACCGGCACCAUCUAUGGUUUGCAAACUGUCAGGAGUUUGGUCCACCCAUGGAAAGUUGUCAUAAGCGAUUCUUCAAGUCCGGGGGAGCUGAUUGUCACCAGCCAAGCCCCAUCAGAAGAAGUUCUGAAUAAAUGGUUUGAUGAAUGCUCGGCGAACGUGGGACGGAACACGAUCGAUUGUGAAAAAGUAAGGGAGGCGGUGCGGCUGUUGAAGAAGAAGAUUGCGCUCAUGAUAGCUCCGGCAGCAUGCUAUGGAAGUAGCAGCGGCACCCCAGCAACGGUGUGUACGGUUCCAGAGUUGAUGGGAGGUGUUGGAGAAUCGCCUGUACCGCAGAAUGCUCUUGACAGAUCAGUUACCGACGUUAUUGGCGUAGGUGAGACUUGGAACCGUUCCUUCCUGCUUUGCCACAGUUAG